GCCUACAAACCCCGGAAUGCACCGCGCGGCUGACAAUUAGGCACUGAUCGCUCGUAUUAAUUGCUGGACUACUCCUCCUCCUGCCGGCGCGAUUGUCUCAGCGCAAAUAAUGAAGUGAAGGGAGUGAACGUUGGAAGUGGGCUCGGCCGGCCUGCGUAUAUACCGUCCGUCUCCCUCCAGAGGGGAAAAGAUAAAGUCUGACAUCUUGUUUGUUGGAGAACUGAAGACAGAACCUGUCAACUUUUUGCAAGUUCAACAGAGCCCAGUUUGAACCCACCUCUACAUUGUCUUGCUCCCACAGUGAUGGAUAAGGACCCUCGAUUGCAGCUGCGAGUCUUUGACCUCAAUUGCUGGGCCAUUCGCUACCUGAGUAAAUUCCGGCAGGAGCGCAUUGAAUUGAUUGGUGAUGUCCUCAACCAGGAAGGAUUUGACCUGGCUCUCUUGCAGGAGGUAUGGAGCGAGAGAGAUUAUUGGGAGCUGAAAAAGAAACUGUGUGCCCGCUACCCUUCUUCCCACUACUUCAAAAGUGGGGUGAUUGGCAGUGGACUCUGCAUCUUCUCCAGACACCAAAUCCUGGACACCUUCCUGUACCAAUACUCUGUGAAUGGCUACCCCUACAUGUUCCAGCAUGGAGACUGGUUUGGUGGCAAAUCGGUGGGGCUCGUGGUGCUAAAGAUCGAGGGGAUUGUGUUCAACAUCUAUGUGACUCAUCUCCAUGCAGAGUACUGUCGGGAGAAGGAUGCUUACCUGCCCCAUCGAGUUGUUCAAGCCUGGGAACUUGCCCAGUUUUUACAGCACACUUCAAAAGGGGCUGAUGUGGUGGUGCUUGGUGGGGAUCUGAACAUGCAUCCAGAAGAUGUUGGCAUUCGGCUGUUGCGAGGUUGGGCAGGGCUCCGGGACUCCUUCAUUGCUGCAGAGAAGGUUGAGGGCUGUCACGAUGGCUCUACUCUGGUGCCGGCCAACUGCUUCACAAGCAAGAAGGAACUGCAAUGCUAUCCCCAGGGGAUUCGUAUUGACUACAUUCUCUAUAAGGGUUUGGCUCAGUAUGAAGUAAAAUGCAGCAGUCAUGCGACUACCACUGGAACAGCUCCCAACAAGGACAUUCCUUAUUCUGACCAUGAAGCUGUCAUAGCUACACUGUCUGUGGAUAAAAGAAAAUUAGACAAAGGUCUAAACUAUCCUACAGCUGAACCAGUGCUGGUGGACAUCCUGAAUGAAGCCCGUAUGGAGGUGCGAGUGGGGUUGCAUUCAGCAGAGCGGCAGCAGCACUCCUGUGGCCGCAUGGCCGUCCUGGCUCUGCUUCUGCUGCUCAUGCAAGGAGCCAUGGGCCUGAGUUCCAUCUUCGGCGAAGCUCUACAGCAGCCCUUCCCUAAGUUCUCCUUCUCUCUGCUUGGCCUGCUGGCCGUGUUGGUCUUGCUCAUCUCAGCUGUGCUCUACCUCUUUCACACCAUUGAGGUGAAGAUGCUGCAGGGGACAGAGGAGCAAAUGCGGGUGGGGUUGCAGACACUCCAGGACAAGCUACGCUCUGGGUGAAACCUUUUGUUGCUGGAACCAUGACGGGGACCAAGAGACUGUUUGUAAAGCUUUUUGGAGCAGCAAGUUCCACUGUGCUGCCAGGUUCUGAUGGUUAGUAGUUCUUAAACGUAUGGCAAUAAUUAGCAUUUGAUACUGUAAAAGUUUUUUAGCUUUAUCUUAGGGCAUUAAAACUUUCUAUGAAUAGUUCUUAUCUUCUGCUGAAGAAAUGCAGGUAUAAGUACAAUUUGUACCGAAGGGAAUGUUGAAACUACAAUUUGGAACUAAAACAGUUCAGUUGUAUGUAGUUCAGCUAUGGUUGUUCAGAAACCAGCAUUUAUCAAAUCAAGCUACACUGUUCUGACUGAUACAGGUGGCUAAAUUAGUACUGUAAAAGCUGAUAUAAGGUAGACAAGUUAAAAUGUACAGUGUUUCUAGUUUAUAUACAGCUAUUUUUUGAAUUCAGUAAAGCCAGAAUAAAUCCUUUAUAUAUAUAA